AUUAGGGCCUACUGACGCAUUUAUUUAUUUAGGCCUACUAGUUUCUUUAAUGUGGUUAAUUUAUCAGUCUACCAAAUGAUGACCAGUGAUGGAAAAGCCUGACUUUCUUUCUUUAUGUCGUGUCUAAAGUGUAUCUCAAUAGUAAUCCCGUUCAAUCAAACAAACCCCAGACACAGACUGUAGUGGGGCGGGACGGGGUCACGGCCGGGCGGAGCCGGGAGCUGUCAGCGAACUCUCCGACACAAAGGAAAGGAAACAAAACAAAGACAGGAAGCCGGAGUUCACUGCUGUAUCCCACUCACAUCCACAAAACAGGGUGAUCCUUGUCCUGCUUUCUUGAGAGAUCCGUGCAGAAACUGUGGCGUUGUGUCCCCUUUGCGCAACGUCGUGAUGAAAGGGAGUCGGGGCAGCGCGGCGGACUGUCCGGUGGGCGGUGUCACCUCUGUGGAGGGGUUGCCGCCGCUGCCCAGGGGCCUGAGCGGCAUCCUGAACUCCAGCGCCGGGUCCUGGCGGGACAUCGAGAAGUUGCACAGCAGGAGAGCGCGCAUCCAGGCCGACAUCAGCCGGGGUGGCGGGGAUGCGCCACGCGGUCACAGCAAGCCGGGCGGACUGGACGCUGCUCUGGCUCUGCUGCGGAAAGAGAUGGUCGGUCUGCGUCAACUCGACGUGUCAUUGCUGUGCCAGCUGUGGUCCCUCCACGAGGCUAUCCAGGAGCACAAGGCGUCCUCGCUUAUGUCUGAGGCCUCGUUCAGUGCUGAUAAUGGAUGCUCGGAGGAGUAUGAAGAUGAGGAGGAGACUGGAGUUCUCUCACAGCCUUCAUCUUCUUUGUCCUUGUCUCUGCCCCCACCCAGGAGCAACACCAGGGACCAGUGGAUCAAGGACUCCUUUCAUAUUCCCUAAUGAAGAUACAGACACACAAGUUCCUUACUCUACCUUCAGGCCCCAUUUACACUAGCUUUUGUUCAGAGAAUAUGUCCAGUAUGUAGUCUUGUGCUUUUACACUUUCUGAAAUCAGUGCCUGUUUGAUAAAUCUGUUUGCAUUUAUCUGACACCUUUUCAACCAGGAGUGACUUUAUUAGACAUCCCAUUGAUGUGGUUGGAAGGGUUUUGGGAGAAGCACAUGACAUACGUGGCCUUUGCAGAUGCAUUUACACUCCACUGCAUCUUAAAAAUCAGGUUUGUUAGUCAGCUUUAGCAUGUCUUGGUUACACUUGCAAGUUCAAGAAGCAUUAAGGGGCCAAUAGUGGCCCUAACAGUCUAUAGUGUUUGGAUUCAUAGCUGCACCUACUUUUUACUUUUCGUUCCUCCACUUGUUUGCACGUACGCUGCAUAUCAGGAUUGGUGGGUAAUGUACAUUUUUAAACUGCGUCCAAACACUGGUGGGUUCAUUAAAAAAAAAUCUGGCUGUGGGCCAGUCAAAUGAAAGCAAACCAGUGGCUCUGUUAACUGGCCGCUUAUUUGCAUUUAAACAUGCACUACCUUGGUGUUGACUUUGCCAUCUGUUGUAUGUUGCAGUGGAAAUAAAGCCAACUAAAAGAGGAAAAAAUCAAGAUGAGACUAGACCAGAUGUUAUCAUCUUUUUGCUCUUCAUUGCAUAAUCUGCAUGCUACUACAUGCUGCUUGCUUGGCAGUGAAAUUGAGCUGGGUGAAAUAGUGUGACGUCUGCGAAUGCAGUUGUGGGAUGAAAUGUUUGAUUGUGGUUUCCUGAUAAUCCCAGACUUCACAGUCCCUGUUGUGUAAAUCGAGAGGGAUAAUCUUUCCUGUUACAUAGUAUUUACUUGACAGAAGAACAGACAAAAAUCUGUGUUGUCUUUAAUUCUGUGAGCAUUUGACAUGAGCAUACACAUUUUUCUCACCUAAAUAUGAGGAGAAAUUAUUUUGAAAAUUAUGUAUAAAUCUCUCCAAAUUGAUUGAUUUCAUGUUGGAAUUAUAAGAUAAGAAAAUGUCUGCUCAGUAUCUUCCCUGCAGCAUAAUUGAACAUCUUUAUAUAUUUUAUUAAUCAUAUAGAAACUUGACUUUGCUGAAAUAGUCUUUUGUAACCUCAUGUUUUAUGUCGGCCAGUGACACUGAUGUGAGUGUUUUUAUUUAUCUCAGUAAGGAACUGCUCCAGAAGUUAUUUAUGUACUAAAAUACAUUUUGCUUCAUCUUGAGAUUUCACCAGUCCAUACUCAAAACAAACCUGAGAGGAAAAAAGGCACAUUUUGGGAGAUUUCUAUCAGGCAAAGCUAAAGGUUAAUUCUGUUGGGAUUCUACUCCGGGCUUUUGGAUGAAGUCAUCAACUGCCCAUAAGUCGUGAGCUUUUUUCACAACUCCUUCCAACUUUGAAUAUUUAUAUUGAAUUUUUUCUACAACCCAAACAUUUCAAACAAGACAUAGAAAUAUUACACAAAAGUAAAGCAACACAUCCUGCAUAGUGGAUACUGUUAAAUAGUAUUGGAUUGAAUUACUACAGUUUUCUAGACAGGACAUGGUUUGAAAAAUCCAGUGAAAUGCUUUUUUUCUCUAUCUAAAUCUUUCAAAUAAACUACAGAGUUGACCAUAAACAACAGCAUUUCUGUGUUUGAGUAAGUAAAUCAGAGGAUGAUAUUGCAAAUUAUGACCAACAGGGGACACACUGUAUCCAGUCAAGGCUUCCUCCUCUGAGGUCAUGUUGAAAGCAGCAGACUGGGGGAAAACCAUUUGCUGUGGAGACAGCAGGAAUGAUGGGGAGUGAUGUUUGAGCAGAAGGACUCAUGCUGUUGUCUAUUUAUAAUCAACACAUGUUGUGGUUAUUGUUAGAAUCUGUCCGUAUCUGUCUGUCUCCAUCUCUGCAUCGCGACGCAUGUUUUUGUGGCACUUUCUUUCCUCUAACAUGUUUGCGCCUUUAUUUCUGUGUUUUUGGUCACCCAUCAUGUUGGCUAUUGUUGUUAUUAUCGCACCACGCAGUUACUGUAAGUAAACUAACAGUGUGCUAAAGUGAGUGAUUAUUAAGAUGAAUAGACAUCAGACUGGAGGUCAGCAGGGAGUGCUAGGGAGGACAGUAAGGUGUGUGUGUGCACUUGUGUGUGUGUGUGUGUGUGAUGUAAGAGAGUGCAAUACAAUCAAUGGUGAGAUCAGGAAAAGGUUGAAAAAAUAAACAAAAUUGUACCCACAGUGUAAUAUUAGACCAACUCUGAGUCAUGAGAGAGUUGCUGUGCCCUGCACUCCUCCACCCCAGCUGCUUCUGUCCAUCCAUCCAUCCCUGUUCCCCCCUACCUAAAAAUACACUCCUGCUCUCACUGAGGAAAAUCCCCAUGCCCUCUCGGUUGGCCCUCUCCAUGGAAACUAUACUUCUGCCGCUAACUGGAUGAAACACACUUUUCUUUUGCAUGACAUGCCUGAAACUCAGGAAGUGACUUGAGUUAUAACUAUGAGCUCAUUUUUAAAUAAACAAUGGGUGUCA